GCAAACAAAACUAGGGUUUGUGCGUGCUUCCCUCUGCUUUCUUGGAUCCGAUUUGGAGGGAAAAAUUGAGAGUUCUUCGCUCUACUUCAUUCAAUUCGACGUGGAAAAGAAGGAAGGAAGAGAGCCGAUAGGAUGAGGUGCCUUCCUCGCUUCCUUGGAAUCCGGAUUGCCCGCGUUGCAGGAUGAGUACUCUCUCUUAGUUCUAUGUGGUUCUUUGUUCUUAGAUAAGAAAUGGGUUUACUUCAACACUUGGGGUCACUACCAAAAGCACCAACAAAGAGAAAGUUCAUAGCUUUUCGCACUGUAAUUGGCCACCCUGAUCUUUUAGUUACUUUUGUCGAUCGUUUUCACAGUUUGUGUGGUCCAAUACAAGAUAUAGAGCUUAAACCCAGCAGGAAGGAUGUAUGGCAACAUAAUGGCCAACGAUUUGCAGCCUGUGGAUUGUGGUAUGCAAUGGGUUUCUCAAGAUCCAAACAUGAUUUAACAGAGACAGAAUUUAUUGUCGAGCCUGCCACUGAGAAUGAGGCUCCAACUUCCUCUUCAGUGCGAAUCUUGGAGGAAGCUGAGAGGAUUUGUAAGAUACUGUCCAACCAGCCGAAUUCGAACAUUACUUCUUGUCUAGAUGAAGCUGGAGUGACUGUCUGCCCAACCUUGGUGGCUGAGGUUGUGAAGAAGCUAGGUAAUGCAGGGAUGCUUGCACUCGUCUUCUUUCGCUGGGCCGAGAAGCAGCAAGGUUUUAACCAUACAUCUGAAAUUUUCCACCAUCUAAUCGAAGCACUUGGGAAGAUCAAGCAAUUUAGGUUGAUUUGGAGUUUGGUGGAUUUUAUGAAGCAUAGGAAUUUGUUGAAGAAAGAGACUUUUGCGUUGAUUACCCGGAGAUAUGCCCGAGCUAGGAAUAUUAGGGAAGCAAUUGAAACUUUUGAAAAGAUGACACUUUUUGGGUUGGAACCAGAAUUAUCAGACUAUAACUGCUUGAUAGAUAUUAUAAGCAAGUCUAAGCAUGUUGAAAGGGCUCAGGAGAUUUUUAAUGAAAUGAAGAGAAGAAAAAGAUUUACUCCUGAUCUUAAGACAUAUACCAUUCUUUUGGAAGGUUGGGGUCAUGUUCGGGAUUUGUCGAGCCUGAAAGCUGUUUUUCAUGAGAUGAUUGAUGAAGGAUUUAAACCAGAUGUUGUCACCUACGGCAUACUCAUAAAUGCUUUCUGCAAGUCUGGAAGAUGUGAUGAUGCUGUUAAAAUCUUUCAUGAGAUGGAAGCAAACAAUUGCAAGCCAAGCCCUCAUAUAUACUGUUCUCUCAUCAAUGGACUAGGUUCAGAGAAGAGAUUGGACGAAGCUUUGAAGUACUUUGAACUUUCUAAAGCUAGUGGUUUCCCCCCUGAGAUACCAACUUACAAUGCUCUCGUGGGUUCUUACUGUUGGGUUAUGAAGUUUGAGGAUGCAUUUAGAGUGGUGGAUGAGAUGAAGAGUUGUGGCAUUGGUCCAAAUGCUCGUACCUGUGACAUUAUUCUGCACCAUCUUAUCAAAGCAGGAAAAACAGAAGAGGCUUAUGAGAUCUUCCGUAGGAUGGGUAGGGACAUUGGUUGUGAGCCCCAGCUAAAUACAUAUACAAUGAUGGUCAGCAUGUUCUGUAGCGUGGAAAGAAUUGACAUGGCCAUGAAAGUAUGGAAUCAAAUGAAUGCUAAGGGAAUUCUUCCUUGUAUGCAUAUGUUUUCAGCAUUGAUUAAUGGGCUGUGCUAUGAGAAUAGGUUGGAUGAUGCUUGCAGAUACUUCCAGGAGAUGUUGGAUAAGGGAAUCAGACCUCCUGGUCAAUUAUACAGUAAAUUAAAAGAAACUCUUCUAGAUGGAGGAAGAAGGGAUUUGGCUGUUGAUUUUGGAUUGAAGCUGGAUCAGUUAAGAAAGACUCCACUGACAGGUUAAGGGAUUCUAUUUAUGGGUCAUGCUUGACAUUUUAUUCUCUUAACUAUUCUCGUAGAGCGCAUUUCACAAUGACCAAGAGAAAAAAAAGAAUAUCUGCUGCCAAAAGUUUCAUGGAAGUAUCAGAUGUGAUUGGUAGAAGCAAGCACAAAGUUUAGAUGAGAAAAAUUGGAAGAUGCCAAAACCCUCGCGAACCAUUUAUCUCGAGAUCGUACCAGGACACACCAAUAUGAAUCAGGAUAUCAGGCACAAAGCUCUGUUAUGACGACAGCGAAUUACAUUGGCUUCUGGUUAAAGAAGGAUGCUUCUUGCUCUUUUUUGUUGCUUGAAUAGUUUACUUUUGCUUUUACAUGGAAGCUGCCUAAUGUAAGGCAUGAGCUAUCUUUGUUUUGGAGAGCUCGGUCAUUUUUGGAUAAAAUACAGAAAUUUGGAGGUUUAACACUGUAGUCAUAAAUGACUGUUUUCUUGGAUGUUCAACACUGCCAUUCUUAUAUCUUGAAUUGUGGAAAAAGUUCAUGUUA